CUGGGUUAUGGAGCUGCAGAUUUCUUUUCAAAAACAUAUUUUUAUUUGUUACCUUAUUAUUAUAAUUACUAUUAUUAUUAUUGUUGUUGGUGCUGUUGAAUAAAAAGAACCCAUCACAGAUAGAUAGAUAGAUAGAUAGAUAGAUAGAUAGAUAGACAGAAAACAACAUUCUGUUGGUGACUUCUCAUGCUGAUGUCUAAAAAUUACAGUACAGUUUAAAUAAAGUAUAAAACAAAAAAAAGUACAAAAGUACAACACAAACAAAUACUAUGUACAAAAGACAGACACAGGAUAAAUAAAUAAAUAAAUAAAUAAGUAGCCCAUCAUAGGGCAGGAAAAUCGUGAAAUGACUACAUGUAUACACACAUAAAACAAAAGCAUAUGCUAAAACAGUCCAAUUCUUUUGGUAUAAUGAAAUACAAUUUAAAAAUUAUAUUUUUUAAAAACUGACAGGUGAUGCAGUCACCCUUCAAUCCUGAGUUCAGGCUACUCUCUAUGUGGAGUUUCACAUGCUCCCUGUGUCCAUGUGGGUUUCCUGUUUCCUCCGGGUUCUCCGGUUUCCUCUCCUCUCUCAGAAACAUGCUGCUGUUUGGAACGUCACAGUGAGGAAUCAGUGAUUCUCUGCUGAACUUUUUGGCCAGUGCCUCUGAACUUCUGAAACUUUGGAUUUUUCUGGACUGUACACAUGACGAAUAUUUCUUCCUAAGACGAAGGAUACAGGACUAUCACCAUGCUGCAGCAGAUUCUCAAUGACAUGUACAUCGAGCCAGAGCUGCUGGCUGAGCUGAAUGAAGAGCAGAAGCAGGUUCUCUUCUUUAAAAUGAGAGAAGAACAGGUCCGCAGGUGGAAAGAGAGAGAAGCACGACUCGAGAAGGAUGAGGCUAAAACGGUGAAGCCCAAAAGAGUCUCAGCGAAGGCUGUAUCGUGGCUGAAGGCGUCAGACAGUGAGGUGUGGGUGUGGGUGAUGGGAGAGCAUCCUGAUGAUAAACCUUAUGACCAGAUCUGUGAUGAGAUCAUGGCUGAGAGGGCAGCACUACAGGCCCAGAAAGAAGCAGAGGAACUCAGGGCCAAGAAAGAAGCUGAACUGGAGAAACGUUUCUCUGGGUUGUAUAUGGAGAAAGAGGAAGCUGCCAGGCAGGAAGAAGCCCGAAAGGCAGCUGCCCUGGAGAAGAGCCAACAAGAGGAGUUGAAGAGGCGGGAGGAGGAGGAAAGACGAAAAGCCGAGGAGGAGGUCAGGAGGCUUAAGGAGGAGCGGGAGCAACAGAUCUAUAUGAACCUGAAGGAAGUACAGAGACAAGGGAAAAGCCAAGAUAAAGAGGAGAAAGCCUGGCAGGAUUCAUUGCGGAAAUCUAAAGCAGCUGACCAGCGGAGACGUUCUCUGGCCAAGCAGACGAGGGAGGAUCACCGCAGGCGUUCUUUAAAGGCACUGGAGAGAGGUCGAGUUGCGGCCAUGACCAAGGCCUUUGGAGGAGAGAGACCGGCUCCUCCACCUAAACCCAAACCCAAACCCAGAAACCUAACUCUCACUAAUGAGCCUCUUCACAGGGGGUCCGGUUUACGUCGUUCAUUAUCAUCGUCCAGCCGGAAGGAGAUUAUCCGCUGGUUCAGAGAGGAACAGUUGUCCAUCAGAGUUUGUUUCCAAGACGACGAUAGCCGCAUCGCUCCCUGGUUCCACGGUAUAAUCUCACGUCAGGAGGCUGAGGAUUUGCUGAGAGAGGGCAGCCCUGGAGGCUUCUUGGUCCGUGUUAGUGAAAGGAUCUUUGGAUAUGUUCUGUCUUACCAAAGCCCAGACGGAGUCAAGCACUUCCUCAUUGAUGCCACAGACAACUGCUACAUGCUGCUAGGAGACCAGAUCAAGUUCGCGUCUCUGGGAGAGCUGGUGGAGUACCAUAAGGAAGAGCCCUUAACGCCCUCUGGAGGUGAGCGGCUGCUGCAUGCGUGUGGACAGAAACCCGGCACUCUGGACUACACCGAUCUCUUCACCUGAAGCCUGCGGCUCUGUAGCUCAGUGAGCCAUGGUGCAGGAGAACGAAAUGCACAUCCCUGCUCUUAUGAGCUUUCUGCACACACAAUCUACAAGCAUGGAGGAUAGUAUAUUGAACAAACCUGAAGUGGGUGGUUACGCUGGGGUUCACUUUAUCCAUCCAUCAAUGGCUUGAUUUAACCAUCCACACAUGAACAAAUGACCAUGCAAAAAAAUUCAGUUCUGCUUAGAUCAUGUCAGAUAUGAAGGCACAAUAUGCACUUUUGAAAACAUGGCUGCAUUAUGAAGGAUUUAGAGUGAGGCUAAGGAAAAACUGUGCCAUUUGUGUGUUCCAGUUAUGAUCUUUGGCAGUUUUCAAGCAAGCUGCUAAGUAUUUUCAUAUAUUUUAUGGGGAGCAGUUUUCAAAAAUAGUACUACUGACUGGGCAAGGCUGGGCAAUAUGACGAUAUAAAUAUUGCGAUAAAUUAUAUUACAAUACUCAUUUCUGAGAUAUAGUAGAUAUUGUGAUUUUUUUUAUAAAUUGAUAUAUAUUUUUAAAUAAACUACAAACAUUUUUCCCUCUUUCCAGUGGUAAUUGAUUUUCUAGACAUAAAAGCAUCAUUAAACUUUUAUUUUAUUGGAACAUUACUGCUUUGUUGGAAGUUUCUUAUGAAACCUGUAUAUCAUAAUGCAUAUCAUGUAUCUUAGAGAAUCGUGAUAUAUUUUUUGUCAUAUCGCCCUGCCCUUCCAAUCCACAGACUGUCAUAUGUCAAAUUACUUACUCAUACACUAAUGACUAAUAUUCAUCAAAUAUUCUACAAUGAGUAAGUAAAACAUUACUUACUCAGAAACAGAGCUUAAAAGGCAAAAUAAAAUAAAAUAAAAUAACAGUCAUAUAUACAAGUUUUACAAUUUAUUAAAAAUGCAUGCAAGAGCAUAUGGCUUGCCAACCAAAAAGUUACACACGAUUUUCACACAAUUGAAGCUUUGAAUUUUCAUCUGACGUGCAAAUUAAAACUCUGCAACCCAGAAAAAUGUCAGCGUCAUACAGCUCUAGCUUGAUCAUUUAAGACACUCGUGAAUUUCUAAUGCUAUAACAUUGAUGAUUCAGUGUAUUAAUCAGAGAGGAACAUGAGCAUCUUCAAAUAAAUCAAGAGACUAGUGAGAUCAGCACACACACUCCUAAAGCAUCACAGCUCUUACACGCCGGUCAUUUAUAUCCCUUUCUUCAUCCAUUCUUCAAUAUAUUACCAUCAAAUAAUUUCACAAUGCAAUACACUGUUGUAAUAGUAAUAGCACUGUAAUAGUAAAGCUUGAUAGGUUAAUACUAGGUUCAGAAAUAUUGGCACCCUUCUUGAAAAUGGGCAAAUUUUUAUAUAUGAAAACAAUAACCGGCUGUAAGGUUUUUUUUUUUUUUAAUAGUUACAUUAGAUACAAAAAGCAGUGCAUUUUUUUCCCCACACAAAAGAGUGAUGUCAAAAUUAUCAGAGCCCUUACAAUUAAUAUCUUGUGACACCUGCUGUCUAAAGGAUAACAGCUUUACAGUUUAUUCCUGCAAUGUCUAACAAAGUUAGAGGCUUGUGUAAAAGAUCUUGGUCCAUCUUUAUGUACAUAUAUAUAGACUUCUCCUCUUCCAACUUACUGGGCUGAUAUAUCCUGGUACAUAGCAGAAUUGAUGAUGUUAUCUUCACAACAGCUGUGGAGCAUUAAUGAUGCACCUCUAUAUCGUACAGUGUGUAUCAGGUGCUUUUCCAAUGCUUCCAAACAGCUUGUUGUUGUGAAUGUUUGGUUUUUCCCACAGUACUGGAUGACAAAAGGAUUUUACAUCUUUGCAAGCUCUUAUUUACACUCAAGGGAAACAGGUCAUAGUUGAAGGUUCCUGGGAAAGGAGAGCUAUAAUAUAUAUAUACAUAUAUAUACAUGUAAGUGAUCAUUGUAAGUAAUCAUUUUUGCUCAUUUUUAUGAAGGGUGUCAAGGGUGGAACUUGUUCAGUACAUGGUUCAGAAAAAGCUGAAUGUACAAAUACCUAAAAUGAGUAGAAAAAUAAAACCGUCAGUGUGUGACCUGAAUAUUCUGUUCAGUUCACAGCUUGAAAGUGUGAAUUUAGAGAUAUGCAUAAGACAUUGUACAAAUCUGCUUAAAAAAAACUGUAAACUAAUGCAGAAUUUGAAACAGUGCAGUAGAAAUACAAGUGUGUAAGCCCUCAAAUGGAUUAUAGUCACCUGCCUGAAGUACACUGGAAGUACGUGGAAGAAUGAUACUUCAAACUUCCUUGGCAGCUUUUAACUUAUUUUAAAUUAAAAUAAGAACUAAAGAGAUUCCUUAUAGUCCAAAUGCUAACACAACUGUGCUGAUGGUUGAUUUUCAAUCAGUAACAUUUCUUUACAGGGCUUAAUUUUAAACAAAGGUGAUUUUUGCCAAAGCAGGUGGAUUUCCUUGCCAAAAUCAUCCCUGUGCCUUGACUUUAUUACUUCAAAAUGCAUUACAAGAACUACAAUAUCGCCAC